AUGUGGGAAGCUCGGGAAUUAAAUAAGUGCAUCCAAAGCCAGGGAGUAGGUGAUGGAGGGGAAGACCGCUUUCUCAGACCAAUCUUAGGAACAAACGUGUGGAUUCAUGCGCAGUGUUCACUGUUUAGGUUGGGCUCCCUCAUCUUUCUCCCAUUUCGCUCCCAUUCUGAGUACUCUUCUUUUGGGCGAUCUCUGGUGCUCGGCCAGACAGCCCUGAAGUUUUGACGAGAGUGUCUCUCCAGUGUCUUUUAUUUUUCUCUCAGAACACCCAUUUCCCCUCGUUCCUGGGACCUGUCCUUGAGACGGGCAAGCUUCAUGGAGGAAUCCUCCCCUUGGGAGCGGUCGAGAACGGGCAGGGGCUGGAGAUGGUAAAAGCCCCUCCUUUUUCGAGACAAACGGCACCUUCAAAAGGGCGGCUUUAUAUCUAGUGUGAAAGAGUCGAAUUAUUGAACUAGAAAGUGAUUAGCAUGGAGAGAAGUUUGGUCCAGCUCGGAAAAACAUACUGAAUAAGGGGACAAGGAAGCUGGGAUAUAAUGAUAGGUGAUAGAAGCUCAAUAAAAAUGCCCCAAUUUUACCAAGUUUGCACCGGCCAUUUUCAAUAGCAUAGUGAUGAGCUCAUUUAUCCAUGGUAUAUAUGUCAAAUAACUUAGUAAAAUGAAGAUGCAAUCCCGUAAACUAUUGUGAUGUUCGUUGCGUGUGGAAUCAAUUGAUCCUCGAUGUAGAUUCGCUCCGAACCAAAUUAGGGGGAAGAUCUCCAAUCUCCAGCGAAUCCCUGCUUGCCUUCAACGUUAUUGCAUUAUUUUAUUGUGCUGCAGUUCAUUAAACUUUGAUGGUUCAUGUAUAUUAUUUUCAGCCUAAGUAGAGAUUUCCCAAUUUAUUGGCCGAUCCUCUCGAUCCCCAGGUUCUGUGAGAAUCGUCAAGAUGCAGCGUUCAUGGUUGAGUUCAUGGUGGCGGGUAGACUCGAGAGUUCACGGCAGCCAUGAUAGGAGCAGACAGUCGGCAGUGUUUUGAGCUGCAAAUGGUUCUUACGUAUCGGACUGCCAGAUUUAACAUCACUGCAUUCCGGAUCGUUCGAGCUCCUAACGAAACCAUCCCCUCCACCCCCCACCCCCCCUCCCUCCUUGUUGAGUCUUUUAAGCGAGACAAGCGUCCAUGGAGGACAGCCCAACUGCUACCCUCCUACACCAUGAGUUCCUUAUCGAAGAUCCAGCUGAAGCGGACGGGGCACGGCGGCACCCGCCGCACCCGCUCCUCCGCCCUCUCGUAGAGCUUGCGGAUCCUCUGCGGCAGCCCGCAGACGAACUCCUGCGCCCGCCGGCCCGGCCCGUCGAGGCCCUCCAGCGUCUCCAGGUCCCAUCGACCCACCAGGAACUCCACGAUGUCGGCGUAAUCCCUGGAAGUGUAGACGCCGAGUCGUUGCGCCACGGCGGAGAAGUGGUCGAACAGGCGGGGGUCCCGGCCGUCCCUCAUCAAGUGGGCCGGCAUGGUGAUCUUCUUCCUCAUCAUAUCCUCGAUCGCCAGCAUGGUUUCUACGGGGUCCACCUCCAGCAGCUUCUCCACGAUCUUGGCGUACGCCGUCUCGUGGCGCUUCUCGUCGGCGGCGAUGGUGCCGCAUAUCCGAGCCAGGACGGGGUCGCCGCUGUCCUUCGCCAGCCGGGCGGUGUUGCCGUGGGAGACGAAGGUGGCCCGCUCCUGGAACGAGGUGUAGACGAAGCCCAGGUACGGGUUGUUCUCCGUCCCCGGGUCCUGCGGCGCCGGCGGUGGCAUAAUUUAGCGGAUCGCCGCUAAAAUCGGAGAGCUGAGGGAAAUGGGGGGGGCGGGGCAUGAGAUCUCACCAUUCCUGCGCCGAUGAGGUACUGGACGGUGCGCUCCACCAUGCGCAUGUCAACCCUCCCGGAGAGAUACAGGUACCGGGCGAGGAGGUCCCCGUGGCGGUUCUCCUCCGCCGUCCAGGAACGGGUCCACCUUGCCCAGGGGCUGGAGCUCGCCCCCGUCUCGUCGCGGACGCCGUCUAGUGUGUUGAUCAUCGUCUGGUACGUCGGCAGCGCCUCCUCCGUGAUCAUGUCGCCGACGAGCACCACGAAGUACUCGUCCGGCAGGCGCUCUGUGCGGGAGCGGAGAGAGCGGACCUCCUCCUCGAACUCGUCGGUGGGCCGGGAAGAGUCCGGCAGGAAAUCCUGCGGCUGCCAGCACUUCUCGACGGGCUUCAGGAGCGGCAGCAAGGACUGGGCGGCCCAACCCUCGAGAGACUUGAACACCUCCACCUUCUCCGGCGGCAUGGAGUGCUGGACGGGGUGGCGCACCGCCGGCGCCGCCACUGCCGCCACCGCCAUUGGCCGGAUUCUGCCACGGCACUUGAGGAUAUGGGCGGAGGAGAGGGUCAGCUGGUGCGAGGAGAGGAGCGAGUGGCCCCGCAUUUUUUUCUCUCCGGAGAACUCCUCCUGUGCGGGCGCGACUGCAGAGCACCGCGGCGGAUGCACUUGA